AUGCCUGCCAUGGAGCCACCACGCGAUGUCGAGGCCGUAGUGCUAUCUCCGACUUCCAUCAAGGUGACAUGGCGGCGGCCCAUGGGCUUGAUUGCUUACUCCUUUCGACUCUAUGUCAAGCCCCAAGCGGCAGCCAACAAUGCUUGGAAAAGAGUUUUGGAGGGCAAGGAUGAGUAUGAAUACACCUUGACAGACCUUGAACCCUCAACGACCUACGAGUUCAAGGUCCAGAGCUUUGGCAUGGCCGGCGAUGGCCCUUUCAGUGACAUCAUAACUGCUACGACCAAAGCUGGCGCGCCUCAAGCACCGCCUCGGAACCUUCGCGCCUCCGUUACCACGAUGGACUCCAUCACCGUGGUCUGGGAGCCUCCAGCCGUGCAUCCUGAGAGCGUUCAGGCUUAUCGCCUCUAUUUUGAUCGCGCGGGUGAAGAUGCUUACGUUGAGGUCGAACUCGAGGCAGCGAGCCUAAGCUACAGCGUUCUUUACUUGCGGCGAGAUACAAUCUAUCGCUUUCAAAUUUGCGCCAUCACCGAUGCGGGAGAGGGGCCUCUCUCUGCCAUCGUGCCCAUCCGUACCAAGCAAGACGCCCGCUCGCGCUUCCUCAAGGGAGAGGCUCAAGCCAGCCAAGAGGUGUCUGGACGCAAGGCCGAAUACAUCCGUGAUAUGCCUGAAGAAGAGCCGGAACCAGCAGUGUCGGAAACAGCGCCAGCUGCAGGCCCGCAGGCACAGCGCCUCCGGCCUGUGGGAACCCUGCCCGCUGCCGGUGACUUGCCUCCUUAUGCUCGGCAACGUUGGAAGCCCCCGAAACCAAGUACCGAACCGACCCCUGAUGAGAUCGAAGCAGAGAAGCAGCGAAUCGAGGCUGAGCGACGCGAGCAGCUGCGUCGAGAACAACGAGACAAGAUGGCAGAAAAGGCCUCCUUCUUCAAUCACACCCGCCAACAAGACGAGCAGCGCAUGCUUCAGCGCACGCAAUCACUCCGCAUCCAGCCGCAAACACAGCAUCAAGUAUCGGCUGGCGUUGGCGAACCCCGACAAGAGGCAAGCAGCGUAACGCGUCGCGACCAAGAAUGGGCCUUUAUCCAGAAUCAACUGGCGGCAGACGAGCAUGCUGGGGCUGAGAUCGAGGCGGAUGCGUUGCGAAGUCUUGUGGAUGGGCGUGAGCUGAAGGGCUUGGAUGGCACAAUUCGUGGCAAACGCCACGCAGUGCGUGCCGCGCUUGACUCGCUUACCCAACCUGCCAAGUUUGAGUCUGCCCUGUUGCAGCAGCUCUAUGACGUAGAGCGCCACAACCAAAUUGUGUUGUAUAUUACCUCCGUCAGUGGCAUUCGAUCAACUUUUUCAGACUGCAAGCGCAUGAUGCAUAUUUUUGAAACUUUGAACAAGAAAGUCCGAGUGAAAGAUGUGCAGCUUGAUGCUCGCUUUGGGCAAGAAUUGGAGGAACGCUUGCCUGGCAAUGAUGGCAAGGUGCCGCAGGCCUUUAUUAAUUUCUCUCAUGCUGGUGUACGCAAGUCAACCCGCUGGACUUGGAGCGCAUCAUGA